CUACGCAACGCCGUACGAAGUCGAAAGCAUAAUUUUGUCCCCUACAAGCCUCCGUUCUUACGUGAUCAAAAGGUUAAAGAAGAGAGACUUGAAUAGCUAGCUAACAGAAGUUGAUCAAAAUACAGAAUAAAAAGGAGAAGCCCAACAGGAUGACCAGUGUGCUCUGCAGCAGAGCUCGGCUGGUUACGUACCUGCCAGGGCUUCAUGUUCUUGUUCAGCGUGUUGUAGGGGCCAGAACUUUCUCUGGGGCAUCUGGUUCAGAUGAGCCACAUAGGAACAUCACAAUUCCAGAAAUUGCACCAAGAACAGUGUGGCCAGAUGAAAACAUGGGUCCAUUUGGACCUCAGGAUAAACGCUUCCAGUUGCCUGGAAACGUGGGUUUUGACUGUCAUUUAGAGGGCACAGCAGCACAGAGAACUGUACCCAUCCACAACGUAUUGCCUGAUGUGCUCACAGCUCAGUCCAGUAGCGAGAGGCACGGCUUCAUCCUGGCCCAUUUCAUCAAUGAGCUUCAUGAACCAGAGAGAACAAAUGCAGCACAGACAAUCAGUAAAGUAGAGCACUAUUUUGAUCAUGCCAAUGUGGAGUGUGCUAUUCAAUCCUGCCCUGAACUUCUAAAGAAAGAUUUUGAGUCAAUGUUCCCGGAUGUCCCAUCGACUGGAAUGAUGGUGGUCACUGUUACUCAAAGGACACAGAAUGACAUGACAAGCUGGUCUGAGCAGGUGGACCAGGAGAGAGAAGAUCUGCUGGCUAAAUUUAUUGAAGGUGCAAAAGAGAUAUGUUGUGCUCUCCAAAAAGAAGGAUUUUGGGCGGAUUUUAUAGAUCCAUCAUCUGGCCUUGCAUUCUUCGGCUCAUACACAAACAACACGCUCUUUGAAACGGAUGAAAGAUACCGACAUUUAGGUUUCCAGAUCGAAGACCUGGGAUGUUGUAAAGUGAUCCGGCAUACGAUAUGGGGGACGCACGCUUUUGUGGGCACACUGUUCACCAGUGCUCCACCCGACAGCCAAAUCAUGAAGAAGUUAUUAGUUAAGGAUGCUGUGUUGCUAUGAAAACAUGGUCAGACGCAACACCAGAAAUAAACUUUGGGUGGUUCCUUACCUUAAUGCUUGAUCAGCAAAAUCAAACACACUAAAAUCUUCAAUUCAAUAUGAAGUUGCCCCAUGACUGAAGCUUAGAUGGGUUUUGUUUUUGUAGAAGCAGAGGCACUUUUGGUUUAACUUUCAUUGUGGAAGCUUGUUCUACAGAGUCAAAUUCACUGUCAGUCAAUCAUGUAGGAUGUUCAAUCCAAGUCUUUGCCUGUGUUGCCUUUUUUAAAACACGCCCCUGAGAAAGUCCAUUAAAAAUGUGCGUUUAAAUGGGUUGCUAAGAUUGUUUUCUGCUCCAGUGAUGCAAUAGAAUCCUUGACAAAAUAAAAAAUGUUGUUAAUACUUUUAAAUAAAAUGUGAGAACUGUUACAGUAAUUAAAUUAUAUCAGAAAUGAUUAAAGGAUUUUAGACCUCAAUUCAAUAACAAAAUUUCUCCUUUGGUCCAUAAUAUUCACACUUAAUAAAUGGAGAACAACUUUCUCCAAUGUUCA